CCACUUGGUAGCAGCACCCGGCAGAAACGCGUGUGACGGCGCCUUUGAACGCCUCAUGAAGAAGUCAGCCCUACAUUCAGUGCGCUGCUGCCUCACAGCGUACAGAGCAGCAUCCAGGGAACAAGUCUGUGUAUGAAAACUCUGAGAUUUUCUAUUGUAACACUAACCUCUAGUCGAUCCACUACACUGCUAGUUAUCUGGGGAUUUAUUUCGUUUCCUCUCAAAGAAGAAGAAGAAGCCGAGGACGUUGGAAACCGUUCAUCCAAGACGUUCAAGCCCAAGAAGAAUAUCCCGGAGGGUUCUCAUCAGUAUGAGCUGUUGAAACAUGCCGAGGCUACGCUUGGAAGUGGAAACCUGCGCAUGGCAGUCAUGUUGCCCGAGGGAGAAGACUUAAAUGAGUGGGUCGCGGUCAACACUGUGGAUUUCUUCAACCAGAUCAACAUGCUGUACGGCACCAUCACAGACUUUUGCACAGAGGAGAGCUGUCCAGUCAUGUCUGCUGGUCCUAAGUAUGAGUACCAUUGGGCCGAUGGAACCAACAUCAAGAAGCCCAUCAAAUGCUCCGCUCCCAAGUAUAUCGAUUACCUCAUGACCUGGGUGCAAGACCAGCUUGAUGACGAGACACUCUUCCCUUCAAAGAUAGGUGUCCCCUUUAAACGAAACUUUAUGUCCGUGGCGAAGACCAUCCUGAAGCGCCUGUUCAGAGUCUACGCUCACAUCUACCACCAGCACUUUGACUCUGUCAUGCAGCUGCAAGAGGAGGCCCACCUCAACACAUCGUUCAAACACUUCAUCUUUUUUGUUCAGGAGUUCAACCUCAUUGACAGGAAAGAGCUGGUCCCACUUCAGGAGCUGAUUGAAAAACUGACCACCAAGGAUAGAUAAACAGCAAUGUAAUCCUUGUUUUAUUGGUCUUCUAGUUUUUUGCACAGAUACCCACCCCAUCCUGGCUGUAUGUAUGCAGUAUAUAUACUAUAUUUCCAUUUGGGGAAAUGUUUUUAAUAAGGCCAGGAAUAAGGAAGGGUCUUGAUUUAGGUUUAAGGCACCAGGACUAAUGCAAUCAGGGAUUACACACUUAAUUGAACAAACCACAGAUUAACAUAUUGGAGAAAGAUGGGUUUUAGCUGUAUGGAAAGAUCCCCAGUAUUGAGUCAGGGCUGAUAUUUAGGAUAAUAUAGACAUAUGUUCAUUAGUUUUGGAUCACACUGCACAGUUUUUUUGUUGUUGUUUCACUUGGAUUAAUGGUAACAGGAGGCAUUUCCAUGCUCUUAGAUUCCCAUUUCCAACUCACCCGCAGGGAUGCACAGUGUCUAAGCAAAGUUGCUGUAUCAUAAUAGGAGGAGGCUUUGCUGGUGUUAUGUAGAGGACUUAAGCCAGGCUUGUAAGCCAGUUUAACAGCUAGUUAUUUUAUUCAUUACUCUACAUAGAAGGAUCUGGGUUGCAGUCUGUUACCGUUGACAGCUGUAGUAGCCCACAUCUGUCAAUACAAAAGAACCCUAAGUGCCUAGCAUGGCUCAUAAUUGCCCUAUAUGAAUAGUGAGAACUGUAAGAAGAUAAAGGCCAUAUACUACUAACUCGAUUGACGAAACGUAAAAUUUUCGACCCCGUCUCUCUUUAAGUUUCUGUGGUUCUUAAAACCUUCUCACACCCCUUUUCUAUUUGUACGGUAACUUUGUUUAAAAUGUAUUUUUCUCUUUAAAACCAUACUCCUCGCCAGCCUUAUCCUUAUUUAGUUAGAAAGUCUCUGUACUGAGUGUUCUGUGCAGGUUAUGAUAAAUGAAUGUGUUGAAAGGACAUAGAAGUGAGGCUAGAAUAUUAUCAUGUUGUAGCAGGGACUAAAAUCUGAUUCAACUUUUAGCGUUUUCUAGUGACAUGUUCCCGUGUACUAGUUCUUUUCCCCCUUUAAAACUUGAAGUAGAAACACAUUUUUUUAGGAAAAGCCUUCAAGGGAUCUAAAACCUUAAAUUGUAUAUAAGUGUUCGCGAAUAGACGUAGAGACAUGUGUUUAAAGUCACAGCCUUCACUGUUUUUAAACUACAAGCAUUUUUGAAUUGGAUUAUGCUGCGUCGCCUGUUAUCUCACGAGUCAUAAAGCACUUUGAACAAUUCUCCCGACCUCUCUCGCCUGAAUGUUUAUUCUGCAUAGACCGUGCUUUGUGAGAAGCUGCACCAUGUGACUGAUCAUCGUUUCCUCCCUUGUAUUUCCCCCCCAAAUGAAUGUCGAAUUGCUUAACCUCUGCUGGAAUUGGCUAUAAGGCACAAGUGAGAUUUCUUAUGCUUUUUUUUUUUUUCCGCGUGGAGUUGUUUGUUGCCGCGCUUCAAACAGCAGAUGCAUGUACACCCUAUCCCCAAUCUCAAAGUGUAGUUUACUAUGCAAUAAUUGACACUUAACACUAAAAAGGGUUACCAGUUGGCUCAAUCGUACUUUAUCUGAUAUUAAUUUACCUUUUUAGAGUGCUCAAAAUCUGGUGUAUGAUAAAAAUAGAAGUGCUUCUCUUUCAGGUUUGGUUUCAAAAACAGUGACAUUUUAUAUAUCUUUUCUGAAAUUUGUCAGAGAGGUGUAAUACUUCAAUGCACACAUGUAAAUACUGAGGGUUAGACCUGUCUUAAUAAUUUUCAGCGAGCAUGGAGUGGUAGCUUUUGGUUUAAAGAAUGCAUCGAGUCUUUUUAGAGGCUGCUUCCCCUCCCUUAUUUGGAAAUUAAAAUAUUGUUUGUUUUAAUUGUUGAGUAUCUUUUUUUUCCACUUCCUUAGCUAGCUAUUAUGAAUGUUACUGCUCACCAGAUAUCUGAAAAAUGUAAUAGAAAACCAGUCAUCCUGAAAGCAUCUCAUCCUUUAUGAAAUGCCCAUAACAAAGCCUAUUGCCUACAGUUUUUCCUCCUUGACUGUAAUAAUUGAUAAAAUGUUUGUAAAUAAUGGCUGGGUAGGGGGUUUUCAAUGCUACUGAAUUGAUUGAUGCUGUUUACAAGGCAAAUAAAGGUGGUCUUGACUCUUUGAA